ACCCUAACUUAAAAACCUAAAACAGCCAAUUCAAUAGCCCCCUCUUUCUAAAACCCUUUAAUAAAUAAAUCAAAAGGAAAAACAUCCAAGGAGCUCCAUAAAUAUAUAUACAACACACACACAUAUAUAUAUACAUAAUUUCAAAGGGGGGUUUAAUUUGGUGUUAUGGACCAAAACAACUCAUCAUCAUCAACAUCACCAAUGACAGAAGCUUCCAAUGUUGAUGUCCAAGUUUCUGCCCAACAACAAGACCAUCACACCAGCGCUGACUAUUACUUUGACUCUUAUUCUCAUUUUGGUAUUCACGAGGAAAUGCUGAAGGACGUGGUGAGAACCAAGACCUACCAAGAUGUUAUAUAUAAGAACAAACAUUUAUUCCAGGACAAGAUUGUUCUUGAUGUUGGUGCUGGGACAGGAAUACUAUCUCUCUUCUGUGCAAAAGCAGGGGCAAAGCACGUCUAUGCUAUCGAGUGCUCACAGAUGGCUGAUAUGGCACAAGAGAUUGUUAAAGCCAAUAAUUUUUCAAAUGUUAUAACUGUUUUAAAGGGAAAAGUUGAAGAAAUUAACCUUCCAGUUCCUCAAGUAGAUAUUAUUGUAUCAGAAUGGAUGGGAUAUUUUCUUUUGUAUGAGAACAUGUUAAAUACAGUUUUGUAUGCUCGUGAUAAGUGGCUGGUUGACGAUGGAAUUGUUCUCCCUGACAAUGCGACUCUUCAUCUGACGGCAAUAGAGGAUUCUCAGUACAAGGAGAACAAGAUUGAGUUUUGGAACAAUGUAUACGGCUUUGACAUGAGCUGCAUCAGGAAGCAGUCAAUGAUGGAACCUCUUGUUGACACAGUUAACCAGAAUCAGAUUGUUACAAACUGCCAGUUACUUAAGACCAUGAAUAUCUCCAAGAUGAUGUCAGGGGAUGCCUCUUUUACAGCCCCUUUUAAACUUGUAGCUGAACGUGAUGAUUAUAUUCAUGCUUUUGUUGCAUACUUUGACGUCUCUUUCAGCGUGUGCCACAAAAUGACUGGGUUCUCUACAGGGCCAAGGUCAAAGUAUACACAUUGGAAACAAACGGUGCUGUAUCUUGAAGAUGUGCUGACUAUAUGCCAAGGAGAGUUUGUCGUUGGAAUUAUGACCGUGGAACAAAACAAGAAAAACCCCCGUGACGUUGACAUCACUGUCAAGUACUCAUUAAAUGGCCGUCGUUGCAAUGUCUCAAGAACUCAACAAUAUAAAAUGCGUUGAAGCGGUUGGGGACUUCCAACGUGAUGUAAAAGAAAAUUGCUCAUUUGUGUUGAGGUUAGGCUGAUUAUUUUUUAGGGUAAAUCAGAGGGAAUCUGGGGCCUUAAUAAUCCUAGUUUAUGCAUCAAAUUUUGUA